AAAGGGAGAACCGUGUCUGUGAAAGGCAUUGCAGAGCAACUUCCUCCUUUCGGUCACUUCCUCCCAAGUUGUAACAACUCCCUUACUUUGUUAUCACAUAAUUGAUCAAUUUGCUUAAAUCCGAUCUCCAUGCCUUCGGCUGUCAGUGCCACUAUAGUUCAAGAGACUGGGGCCGGGCCGGUUACCCAACAGCAUGUCAGCACAGCCGCUGAAACAGGUGCCGGAACAGGAGGGAUCUACUCUGCCAUCCUCAGCCGCAACCAGCCCAUCGUUGGAGUCAAGGAAAAGACCUUUCAUGAGCUCCAUAAGAAAUGCCUUGAAAAGAAGAGACUUUAUGAGGAUCCAGAUUUCCCAGCCAAUGACACCUCCCUCUUCUUCAGCCAAAAGCUUCCUGUCAAAUUUGAGUGGAAGAGGCCGCCAGAAAUUUGUGAAAAUCCACGCUUUAUAAUUGGUGGAGCCAACAGGAGUGAUAUCUGUCAAGGAGAGCUAGGCGAUUGCUGGUUUCUAGCUGCCAUUGCUUGUCUAACCCUGAAUGAAAGGUUGCUGUUUCGUGUCAUACCACAUGACCAGACCUUCAUAAAAGAUUAUGCUGGGAUUUUUCACUUCCAGUUCUGGCGUUAUGGAAGCUGGGUGGAAGUUAUCAUUGAUGACCGUUUACCGACAUAUGGCAAACAGCUGGUCUUUACCAAAUCCUCCCAGCACAAUGAAUUCUGGAGUGCUUUACUGGAAAAAGCCUAUGCAAAGCUUCAUGGCUCCUAUGAAGCACUAAAAGGAGGGAACACCACAGAGGCCAUGGAAGAUUUUACAGGAGGAGUGACAGAGUUCUAUGAGAUAAAGGAUGCUCCUAAAGAUACAUAUAAAAUCAUGAAGCAUGCUAUUGAGAGAGGGUCACUUAUGGCCUGCUCUAUUGAGGACAAUACAGGCUUUGUUUAUGGAAGUGUUCCUCCAACUAAUAUUGGUUUAUUAAUUAACGAAAUGAUGAAGAAUGCAAAUUAUGCAUUUUCAAAUUCCUCAACCGAACAGACAGAGGAAAGGACAACUCUGACCAUAGCUCCAAUGCUGUUUGAAAAGCGAAUGGCUAAUGGACUGGUCACAGGGCAUGCCUAUUCAGUUACAGCAGUGCAGGAGACAACAUUUAAAGGAGAGAAGUUAAAACUGGUGCGUCUAAGAAAUCCUUGGGGGCAAGUAGAAUGGAAUGGAGCUUGGAGUGACAGUUCAAAUGAAUGGAAUAGUAUUGACAACGCAGAGAAGAUCCGUCUGCAGCACAAAGUUGCAGAGGAUGGGGAGUUCUGGAUAUCAUUCCAAGAUUUCUUAAGGUUCUUCACAAAGCUUGAGAUUUGUAAUCUCACACCUGAUACUCUAGAGGCUGAUAAGCUUCAUACAUGGACAGUUUCCGUCACCGAAGGGCGGUGGGUGCGAGGCUGUACAGCAGGAGGCUGCCGUAACUUUCCAGGCACAUUUUGGACCAAUCCUCAAUAUCGCUUGAGGCUCUUAGAAGAAGAUGAUGAUCCAGAAGACAAUGAAGUUGUGUGUAGUUUCCUAGUUGCCCUGAUGCAGAAAAACAGGAGGAAAGAACGCAAACUAGGAGCCAACCUUCUCACAAUUGGUUUUGCCAUCUAUGAGGUGCCGAAAGAGAUGCAGGGUGACAAGAAGCAUUUACAGAAGGAUUUUUUCCUCUACAAUGCCUCUAAAGUGAAGAGCAAGACUUACAUAAACCUGAGAGAAAUUGCAGAACGCUUCAGGUUGCCUCCAAAUGAGUAUGUCAUCAUCCCGUCAACAUAUGAGCCUCACCAAGAGGGAGAGUUUAUCUUAAGAGUUUUCUCAGAAAAAAUAAGUCUUUCAGAGGAAGUUGAAGACAAGAUUGAAGUAGGAAACCUUUCUCCACUCAUCUUUGUCUCAGACAGAGCAAACAAGAACAAGGAUCUAAAAGGUGGUGAGGGGCAUAAAAAGGGCAAGGAAAAAGCAAGCACGGAUAAGAAAAAGAAAAGUGAUGAGCCCGCACAAAGAGAUCCCAAUAAGGAGAGUGAGGAAGACCAACAGUUCAGAAAUAUUUUCCAGCAGAUUGCCGGGGAUGAUAUGGAGAUCAGUGCUGAUGAACUCAGAAAUGUCCUCAACAAUGUUGUGAAAAAACACAAGGAUCUGAAGACAGAAGGGUUUGCACUGGAGUCCUGCCGCAGCAUGAUUGCCUUAAUGGAUACAGACGGUUCUGGGAAAAUAAAUCUUGAUGAGUUUCGACACCUUUGGAAUAAGAUUAAAAGCUGGCAGAAAAUUUUCAAACAUUAUGACACUGAUCAUUCAGGAACCAUUAACAGCUACGAGAUGCGUAAUGCAGUUCAAGAUGCAGGAUUUCACCUGAACAACCAGUUGUAUGACAUCAUUACAAUGCGCUAUGCUGACAGAAAUAUGAACAUUGAGUUUGACAGCUUUAUCUGUUGCUUCGUGCGGCUAGAGGGAAUGUUCCGUGCAUUUCAUGCCUUUGAUAAAGAUGGAGAUGGUAUUAUUAAACUGAAUGUCUUAGAGUGGUUGCAGCUCACCAUGUAUGCCUGACCGCCACCAGUUUCUAACUUCAAACUCAAAAUUGUGUCCAGAUUAUUGUUGUUAGUAUUA